UGGGCUAGUGCAAUUAAACCUCAGUGCCUAAUCAAGAGACAAAAUCCAUGUAUCCUUGGAAUUGGAUAAAACUAAUGAUGAUAAUCCUUCUACUAAUGGCCGGUCUUAGUCCACUAAUCAAUGCAUCUCCCCUCAGUGCUUGUUCAAAUUGUGGUGACUUUGGAGUUCCAUACCCACUUAGCACUAAUGAUGACUGUGGUGACAAAAGGUACAAACUUUACUGCAAUAAUGAUAGCUUAGAGUUCUUGUCACGAACAGGGACUUACUAUAAGAUCCUUAAAAUUGACCCAAGUGCCAACAAACUUGUUAUUAAACCACCCAUCAUACUUAAAAACACUUGUUAUUCUUCUGAUCUCACUGGUGGAGGCUUACAACUUGAUGAAAGCUCUCCCUUUAAUAUAUCUACACUUAACACUGUCAUGCUUCUAAAUUGCUCUCAUAACAUCCUUCAAUCUCCUCUUAACUGUUCUUCAAACAGCAUCUGUAGGCAGUUUGAGGAAAAAGUGGAGGAGGGAAGUGGGUGUAUGGGAACCCUUUGUUGUCAUUUCUUAAAAGAUUCAGCCAUGAAUUCCCAUAAGAUCAGACUCAAGGUUGGAAGUUGUACUGCUUACACUAGUUUGGUGGAUUUCAAGCCUAAUGAAUCUUUUAAAACUUGGAAUUAUGGGAUUGAGUUGCAAUGGCUGCCUCCUAAUUGACGUAGAUGCAUGUUCAUGGUGUCAAUGUAAUAGUAUUUCACUAUGAAACAGCUCUUGGAAACCCAAAAAGAUGAAAUUCAACAUAAGUUGGGAUGAAUUUUCUUUUUUAUGUCUUUAAUUUCUACUGAGAAUCUAUUUUGUCUUCUAUCAAUAGAAACUGUGAUAAGUAGUAACUAGUGAGUGUGUUGCUUUUGAAGGUUUAUAGAAGAACAGAUGACAUGGUUGUUUGUAUUCUCCACAAAGUGAUUUCCAUUUGAGAUUUUCUUUUUUCGUGCAA